AUGCAGGAGAAGAUGAACCUUGAUGAAGGUGUCCUCGAGAACCUUCGGAGUAUUGUGGAAAAGGAUGCUGCGAAGGUUGUUAACCUUCAAGCUGAGGUUCGUCAACUUAAGGCUAAUGUCGAAAGAAAAAAUGGCAAGAUCUCGGAGCUUGAGAAGGAGGACGCCGAAGAUGGCGCAUCGGGGCUUCUUGAUUGGUUGCUAAACGAGUUCGAAGAUUUAAGCCAGAUAUUGGCCAGCGUGUCAGACAAUACUGCAGUCGUGGCCUACAAGAGUGUUAUGGCCGUUCUCGCCCACGAAGGUUGCCCGGAUCUUGAUAGGAUUGGGAAUAGGGACUACGUUUUCCCGGAACCUUCUGAACUUGAGGAGGAUACUGCGAAGGUCCAAGCUGUGAAGAAGCUUUUUCUUCGCAGGUUUUGGAAGGUUUCUGGUAGAGAGAUGGUUCGGGAGGCCGCGCAGCAGAGGCUUGAAGCGGUGAAGCGGGCUCGGGAAGCGGCCAAGGGCAUUGUGGAGGAGGGGGCGCAGCCGGAGGAUAUCGGCGGGAGUUCUGGUGCCAGUCCACCGAAGGAUUCCACCGACGGAGGAACCCAGGUGUAGAUUUAGUCCCUACGUGAG